CUUUCGCUCUGCACGCUGAGAGCUUUACGAUAGCUUUACCAUACCUUGGAAGCUGUCAAACGUGAAGCUUCGGUCUUAGUUGGUGUAGGAAGUUUGUCAGGCAAUUUGGAAACUAUUGGAUUGCUGGAUCAGCUGGAAAACCAAUAAUUGUAUGAGGAAAUGGGGAAUGGUAUUAACAAGGUCCUUCCUGGUCUUUAUCUCGGCAAUAUCAAAGAUGCACAAGAUAAAGAGCUGCUUAAGGCCCAUAACAUCACCCACAUCCUGUCCAUCCAUGACAAUGCUGCACCUGUGCUGGAGGACAUCACGUAUCUCUGUAUAUCAGCGUCAGAUCACUCCAAGCAAAACCUGACCCAGUACUUUAAAGACAGCAUUAUAUUCAUCCAUGAGUCCAGAAUGAAAGGAGAAGGCUGCCUUGUUCACUGUGUGGCAGGUGUGUCCCGCAGUGUGACUCUGGUGGUGGCCUACAUCAUGACAGUGACCGGCCGGGGUUGGGUGGAGUCUCUGGCUGCAGUCCGAGCAGCCAGACCCUGUGCUGGACCUAACCUGGGCUUCCUCCGGCAACUGGAGGAGUUUGAAAACAUCGAACUGGCACAAUAUCGUGACUGGUGGAAGGACCACUAUGAAAAGACCUUCUUCAAUGAUGACGAGGAAAUUGCUGAACUUUUGAUGAAAAAAUAUCACAACAACAGUGAAGGCAUGGUGACCAACAUAACACCACGAUUAGCAACUUGAAUAUGUACAGUUUUAAAAGCAUUGUUGUAAAGGUGAUUUUCCUGGACCAUACAAAUCUGUGGCUGCCGACACGGGGACAAAACAGAGUAAAAAACCCAGCAGUGACAUAAGCUGGUAAAGUCAUAUGAAUGGGGAAUUUUACAUGUGAAUAACUUGAAUCCCCAUUAGGUGUCAUGUCCUUGAUACUAACUGUCAAAACAGCACGCAUGGCCAGUCAAGCAUAGCCCUUUGCUGAGACCACACCAGAGACACAAAACAUCUAAGCAAUGAGACAUGCUUCCCUUAUACUUGAAUUCAAAUGUAGUU